CAGUGGUUGUAGGAUGAUAACUUUUGGAAGUGUUGUUGUGGCUGGUAAAACUGUUGUUGUUGUUGAUGCUCUUGUUUGUGUAUCUUGAGAAUAUUGGUGUUAAUUCGUUGUGGUAAAUGUUGCUUGACAAAAAUGAAGAGACAAGGAGUUAAAGACAAUAAUAUGAAGUCUACAAGAGACUCACCAGAUAUUAUACAGUUUGAAAACAGUCUUGAAGUUAUUUCAAAUGGUAUUUUGUCCGAGAUAACUAGGCCGUCGUUUUCACGAAACUCUGCAAGAAGUUUAUCGCAGCUUAGCAUGCAGAACUCCACACUUACCUUUGAGCUAGAGAGUUUGCCAGUCGAUAGAAGUUAUCAAGAAGAUCCGCCAAGUGAUGACCUGUUCUUAGAAGAAGUCGUUGCUGAAGAAUCUGAAAGUGACGAAAUUCAAAUGACUGACAAUCACAAUGACAACUAUGGUUAUAUGAAUAUGAACGCUGAAGCAAAGGAGUUCAAGGCCAAGGAAGGUGAUAAAAGAUUUUCAAAAGGUAGUAAGUUUCAGCAAGAUGUUGAGAAAUAUGAGAGUGCCACAGUAGAAAACAGCCUUGAACAGGAAAUGCAGUCAACCGCUGAAGAUGAUCUGAAUUCCAAAGAAUUUGAAAAAGAAAUAAUGAAAAUUGCACGUAGGGUUAGGCAACCUAAGGUUAGCAAAGAGGUUGUUGUAAAAAAGUCCAAAACCAUUAGUGGCUCUGCAAGUCCUGCUUCCACUGACAAGAGGCCCGAGUCAACUUUGUCUAAUAAGGGUGGAGAGCCUAAAAAUGAGAAAGAGAUUGACCCUAGAAUUAAAAAGGGGCUCAAGAAAAUAAAGAAACUUGAUGACAUACUGGCAGAAAAGAUAAAAUUGGAAAAAGAGACAAAAGCAGAUAGAAGGAGAAUGGAAAAGGAAUGGCAGCUGGAAAUUCAAGGUUUCAUUGAAUGGUGUGGUGAAAACACAUCAAAGCCUAUCAUUCAACAGUUUUUGGCCUUAACAAAUGCGGUUGGGGACUUUCACACUGAAGACGAUGAUGAAUUUUUGCCUCUGUUUCAAACAGAGAUAGACACAGAUUUCAGUCAACCUAAUGCCAACUUGUCAGGUGAGGUCAAUGGUGAUUCAGAAGAAAAAAAAUUAAGUGGUAAUGGAAAAGAUAAAAACAAUCACAAAGCUCACACAGAAAAACCAGGCAAUGAUGAAAAGGACAAUAAAGCAACUUCUAAACGGUCAAAAAAGAAAGACUUUGUUAAAAGAAACAUUGAAUUAGCUGGUCAUGCUAAUGAAAUUGUUUCCUUGACUGAGCAAGAGCAAAAAAGACUUGAUGAACUUUUAUCUGAUGACAGUGACUUGCUAAUGGUUGAUAAUCCUUUUACAAAACAUCCUAUCAACAAGCUUCCAUCUGGGUAUGAGCUGGAUGAUUCUGCCAAACGAGCUUUGACAGAUAUAGAUGAAAAAUUAAAGUGCUUGGUCCCAGAAUCUGACUUUCAAAGCAUUUGCUUUAGCCCAAGAACUGAAAAUCUAAGUCCAAGAAGCAUUGAUUUUUCAGAGUUUGGUUCAAGUAAAGUAGAUAUUGAUACAAAAUAUGGAGAAGAAAGUCUAAAGCAAGGAAAACAUUACCGGGUAUUGAGGGAAAGACUUCAGCAGAUAGAGGCUAGACUAGAGAAACUUGGCAAUAGAGAAACAGAGGAAAGUUCAGAAUCAUCAAGGAUACCUGAGGAGUUGCUAAGGCAAUUACUUGAAGUUGACUCACGCCUUACAUCAUCUGCACUAAGUAUUUUAAACUCAGCUAGAAGCAAUCUUAGUCACAGAACGGACAGUGCUACCCUCAUAGAUGAUGCAACAGAAACUGUUACAUUUUUAGAUGACAAUGAGUCAUCUAUUGAUACAAGUAGGUCAUUUUACUCAGAUAAAAGUUUCCAUAGUGUUGGUGUUUGAUUCUUAGACAAUGUCAUUUUAUGCAACACAGAUUAGGUGAACACACUUAUGGUAUCUUCUCAUUUUAUUCCUGUUUUGUAUAAAGUUUUGUAAAAAUUCCAUAAUUUGCAGGAAUUCCAUAAAACCUUAACCCAAAUCCAUAAUUUUCUUUGGAGUCCAGGCUUUGCACACCACUAGUGUUUUUUAUCAUUUAAAAAAAUAUUUUAAAACUACAACUAAAGCUAUUUAAAUACAUGCCACUCACAACAGUGAAGGAGGCAAGGUCAUCUAGUCUCCAUUAUGAGUGACAUUUACAAUUUUCAAUUACAUCUAAAUAUAAACGCAAAAAAGGAAGAAGAAGAAAAAAAAACUAAAUCAGGAGAAGUGAGGUACCUUUAGAAAAAUAUACACACACAUUUUUUUGCAUAGUUUACAUGUUUCAGAGAUAGAUCAAGAAAAAAAAAUAAAAAAAGGAGUUGCUACUGUUGUGUUUUUCAACUAAAAGAAUCUCUUAGUGUUUUUGAUGAAUUGAAGAGUGGCCUCCAUAAGAAGUCUAUUGGCAAGUACAUUUAAUUCGGAGCUUUCAGAAAGUAUUACUUCACAAAUUUCCAUUGCAGAGAGGUUUGAAAUUUUUGAGUCCAGGGACUUCAGCAAGCCAACCAAAGAGCUUGUUCCGCAUCGCUUGGAACAAAUGGCUGUGGAACAUUUGGUACACAUCACUAGUGUCACUAUGAUAUGUACCAAUAUGGGGGAACUAACACCCUUUUUUAUUGUUUUAAAGAGCUAUCCACCACAAAAUCAGCACCCACCCCUCUUGGAAUAGAGUGAGACAUAACAAGCUCAUAAUAAUUACUCUAGAAAUUAACAAUGUAAUGUAAGCUUGUAUGCUCCUAUGCAGGCAAAACAAUCAAUCAUAUUAAUAUUAUACAAACUUUCAAAAAUGUCACUACUUUAUUUAGAAUGUAAGGGAAAAUCCUUUGUAAAUACUAAGAUUCUGCCAUUGACUGUCAUUGACACAGAGAGAUAAUUUCUUGUUCUUAUUUUGUAAUAACUUGCAAUCUCAACUCAGCAGAUUGGAAGUACCCCCAUCAGAGGUAGCAGCUACUUAAAAUAGCCUCAAGUGGUAGAAGUGUUAUUGGGCCAUCUGGCAGCAUUUGGGAAGACCCUUAAACCGACUGGACCACCUGUCAGGCAAUAAUGAGAGUACCUCCCCCCUGGGCUCUAACACCUUGACAGUCUGUUUCCAAACUUGUUUUUGGAAUUUGGCACAAAUGCUUUUUAAGAGCCUUUUCUUGCAGUUUCUCCAAAUUAAAAGUGAGAUCUUUAAAAGGGUUGUGAAAAACACUUACAAACAUACUUUUGGCUUUCCUUUUUAUGCAAUGCAGCAGAAAUUCAGAAAAAAACAAGGUAGCUUCAAAUUUUGCUUGGCUUUUGUUAUGGUGUACAUCUUGCUAGUGGUGACAUAGUCAAGUAUAAAAUUGCUGUUCACAAUAACAUUCUGUAAGUUUUCUAAAAAGUCGUCAAGGUUUGGAUAGAGGUCUUGUUAACUACUAAAACUAUUCUUAUUUAUUAAAAGAACCUUAAUUAGCGUCGCGCUCUUUUCU